GGCCGGGCUCCAGCUCCGCCGCUCCAGCUCCCCGCCUCCGGCCCGCGGUGCCCGCCGUGCGGGGGUGGUGGCGGAGGGGGGUCCCCGACCGCCUCUAUAAAAGCGGCUGCGAUGGCUCUGCCGGCAGAGCCGAGCGGGCGGCGGGCCGGCGGCGGGCAGGCGGCGGCCGGGACCAUGGCGACGGGCGGCGGGCAGGACCUGCCCGCCCUCCUGCUGCUGCUGCUGCUGCUGCUCCGGCCGUGCGAGGCAAGUGCGGGGCGCCCGGCGGGGCCGGCGGCCGGGGGGAACCGGCGGCCGGUCCGGCCCCGUGACCCGGCCCCCGGGGCCGCUCUGUCCCCGCAGGUGAGCGGCCGGGAGCCGCCGUGUCCCCGCCCGUGCGGCGGGCGCUGCCCGGCCGAGCCGCCGCGCUGCGCCCCGGGCGUGCCCGCCGUGCUGGACGGCUGCUCCUGCUGCCUGGUGUGCGCCCGGCAGCGCGGCGAGCGCUGCUCCGCGCUGCUGCCCUGCGACAAGAGCAGCGGCCUCUACUGCGACCGCGGCCCCGAGGACGGCGCGGCCGCCGGCAUCUGCAUGGUGCUGGAGGGGGACAACUGCGUGUUUGAUGGGAUGAUUUACCGCAAUGGGGAGACGUUCCAGCCCAGCUGCAAGUACCAGUGCACCUGCCGCGACGGCCAGAUCGGCUGCCUGCCCCGCUGCAACCUGGACCUGCUGCUCCCCGGCCCCGACUGCCCCUUCCCCAGAAAAGUCGAAGUCCCUGGAGAGUGCUGUGAGAAGUGGGUCUGCGACCCUGAUGAUGAAGUGAUUUUGGGAGGUUUUGCUAUGGCCGCCUACAGGCAAGAGGCCACACUCGGGAUUGUGUCAGAUUCAAGUGCCAAUUGUAUUGAGCAGACAACAGAAUGGAGUGCUUGUUCCACGAGCUGUGGAAUGGGCUUUUCCACCCGUGUUACCAACAGGAAUCAACAGUGUGAGAUGGUGAAGCAGACACGGCUUUGCAUGAUAAGACCUUGUGAAACUGAAGAGUCAUCCGAUAAGAAAGGGAAGAAAUGUGUCCGAACGAAGAAGUCCGUGAGAGCCGUUCGCUACGAGUACGGGAACUGCACGAGUGUGCAGACGUACCGGCCCCGCUACUGCGGCCUCUGCAGCGACGGGCGCUGCUGCACCCCGCACAGCACCAAGACCAUCCAGGUCCAGUUCCGCUGCCCCCAGGGCAAAGGCCUCAAAAAGCCCGUGAUGUUGAUCAACACCUGUGUCUGUCACAGCAACUGUCCUCAGGGUAACGUGGUUUUCUUCCAGCCGUUAGAUCCCACGUCUAGUGAAGCGAAGUUAUGAAAAGCAUGAAUCGGAUAGCGCAGAAAGUAUAAGCAGUUUAUACAAAACUUGACCCACAAUCAGGUGAAUGUAACAAUUGCAUAUAUGAAACUUCUAAAAUAUUUUUCAGAAUGGUCUUUCAAAUUAGGUGCUUUUUUCCCCCCAUAGUUUAUGAAAUACCUCAUUUUCCAUUUGCCCCCUCCAAAUGUCUUUUAUUCACUAGAAGGUAAUUUCGUACCUUGGACAGAGCCCUCUUUUUUUCUUGAUGGUGGCAUAAAGAUUACAAAGCCAACAGCCAGACUUUCCCCUUGAGUUAAGGGGAUCAUGCAGCAAGUUUCAGUGGGUGUGAGACUGGGCUUCUUGAGAGUAAAUGUAUUUCUUGAGGAAUACAUGAUACUGCAUCACAUAAGCUUCCAGGCUCUUAACUUCACUUUCUAUACCGCAUAUAAACACUCCAGCAGUGUUCUUUUUUCUUUUUAAUGAAACUCUGUUUUCUGAUGACAGUAAAAAUCUCACUGAUGCAAGUGUUACAUUUUUGUGGUUUAUAAAGUACCUUCUGUCAAUACCUCUGGCUCUGAGGAUUAAGAUUGCACAUAGCCCUGGAAAUGACAUAGGGUAAGAUCUCUUAUCCUGAAGCACAGCAGGUUGAUAGCUGAGAGCAAUUAAAUUUCUCUUCGGUAACUUCAACAGCAGUCUAAUCCAAAACCAGCUGAAGUCAGUGUUGCAUAAGAAUUUGAUUCUAAUCCAUGUGUGUCUGUAGAUAUAACUAUUUGGAUGCAAAAAUAAUGUAUCUGUAAAUUCCUCUAAAAUACUAACUGUGUCAUUUGGUGCUUCAUUUCUUAGAAAGGUGUAUAUGUAAAUAGAAACUGUACAUACUGUAAUAUAACUUUACUAAGUAAAUAAACUUUAUGUGAUUCAAAAUA